UUGGCUGCUAAAGAGUAAAAAGGUGUCCUUACCCAAGAGGGAGCCUGUUUGUCCUUGUUUCCAAACAGACUACAAAAAUCUCCUCUCAAAGUGAAAAGUGAAAACAGCGCAAGAUAUUUCCCAUUUUUUCUUUCUGGUUUCCUCUUCAAUCGUCCUCACCGAACCCAGAGAAAACCGAACCCAGACAGACGAUUAGCGCUUAGGGUUUGUGUCUUCGAGCGCCAAAGCUUAAAAUGGAGAUCACAGAGAAGAAGGAAACAGAAAACAACAAUAUCAAUGCUCAAACAGCAGUGGAUUCAACACCAACUGACAUCAUAGAUAAAGAAGCCGAAGAACGCCAAGCACGCGACCUUAAAGCUGGUUUGCAUCCUCUCAAGCACAAGUUUGUAUUUUGGUACACUCGCCGAACACCAGGAGUUCGAACACAGACAUCAUAUGAGGACAACAUAAAGAAAAUCGUGGAGUUCAGUACAGUUGAAGGCUUUUGGGUCUGCUAUUGCCACUUGGCUCGACCUUCUUCUUUACCCAGUCCCACUGAUCUGCAUCUUUUCAAGGAGGGAAUCCGUCCUCUAUGGGAGGAUUCUGCUAAUUCCAAUGGCGGCAAGUGGAUAAUUCGCUUUAAAAAAGUUGUCUCAGGUCGAUAUUGGGAGGACCUGGUGCUUGCCUUAGUGGGUGACCAACUUGAUUAUGGUGAUAACAUAUGUGGUGCAGUACUAAGCAUUCGCUUUAAUGAGGAUAUAUUGAGUGUUUGGAAUCGUAAUGCAUCUGAUCAUCAGGCUGUGAUGGCACUGAGAGAUUCAAUCAAAAGGCAUUUGAAGCUUCCCCACAGCUAUGUUAUGGAAUACAAGCCUCAUGAUGCUUCUUUGCGUGACAACUCAUCAUACAGGAACACAUGGUUGAGAGGGUGAAAGAAUCUGGACUACAAAGCUGGAUGAGCAAUCGAAAUGCAGGGGCUCCUCUUUAGGUCCUGCUUCAUAUUUAAAGUUUAUACCAUGAUCAAGUAAUCCUUUUAUUUCAACUUAACAGCCUAUUUGGUUGUCAUGAUAUCCUGUAGAUUGAACCUUAAGUGGAUGUAUCUGACGCAAAAUGUUGGCUUAAUGAUAUACUGCAUUUGAAUGUUACAGUGUUUUA